UUGCGCCACAAUGGCCAACAUUUGUCCAAUUAAAAAUAUUGCAGAUUUAGUUUUUGAAGCUCGUCGUGUGUACCGGGAAACAUUUGACGGGGAUGAUGCAAAUGUUGCUGUUUGCGCUCCUGGACGUGUGAAUUUAAUCGGAGAACACACAGAUUAUAAUGAAGGAUUUGUUCUCCCAAUGGCCUUGCCAAUGGUGACCGUUAUAGUGGGCAGCAAAACUUCUGACCAGAAGUGCUGUGUUGUAACUCAGACUGAAGCUGCUGAUGAGCCCAGGGUGGUGCACUUUCAUCUCCCAAAUGAACUGGCCCCACUUUUAAGAGGGCAGCCAAACUGGGCCAAUUAUGUAAAGGGAGUUGUACAGCACUACAGAGCACAGCCCAUCCCUGGCUUCAGAGCUGUAAUAGCUAGUAGUGUACCACUAGGAGGUGGACUCUCCAGCUCAGCUUCACUUGAAGUGGCUGUGUACACCUUCCUGCAGCAGUUGUGUCCAGAUGAUGGGGAUCAGGUAGCGAAGGCAGUGGCCUGUCAGCAGGCUGAACACACGCAUGCUGCUGUGCCCUGUGGCAUCAUGGACCAGUUUGUGUCUGUUUUGGGUAAAGAGGGCCACGCUUUGCUCAUUGACUGCAGAUCUUUGGAGGCCACUGCUGUCCCUUUGGCUGACCCUGGACUUGUAAUCCUGAUCACGAAUUCCAACGUUAGACAUUCGCUCACAGGAAGCGAGUAUCCCACCAGACGAAAACAAUGUGAGGAGGCAGCAGCCAUUUUGGGCAAGAAAAGUCUAAGAGAGGCUACUUUGCAAGAUUUGGAGGCUGCUAAGGAUCGAUUGGAUGGUGUGACAUACCGUCGGGCACGCCAUGUGAUCGAGGAGAUUGAACGCACAGCGCAAGCUGCUGAGGCACUGAAGAGAGGGGAUUACAAAGAGUUUGGGAGGCUGAUGGUGGAGAGCCACAAUUCUCUUAGGGAUAAUUACGAGGUCAGCUGUCCAGAAUUGGAUGAGCUGGUGGCGGCAGCACUGGAGGUGGAUGGAGUGUUCGGGAGUCGGAUGACAGGGGGAGGGUUCGGUGGAUGCACAGUUACUUUGCUUCAGGCUCAUGCCACGGAGAGAGCAGUCAAACACAUUCAGAAAAAAUAUAAUGGAUCUCCAACUUUCUUCAUAACUACUCCAUCAGAAGGAGCGCAUGCUCUCAGUCUAUGAUUUUUUAAAUCAGUGCUA